UAAAAGGACAUAUUAACUCACGUUUAACCUUCUCCCUUGAACUUUAUCGGAAGCUGUCAACCUUCUCUUCUUGGUACUUUCUUACACUUCUCUCACACGGCUCUCAUUCACCAUAUACCUCUCCUCCCUUUACCAGCGGCAAAAGCCCUAUCUCACGGAAGUCAUGGAUAAGCGAUCUGCAAGUAGGACGACGUCCUCAACUCAAGAGCCCACACACCUGGACCUUGCGGAGUACCAGGCAGAAUGGGCCAGAAUUCAUGAGAACACAAUCCGGCAGCUUGAGCAGCUUGAGCAGCUCAAAGGUGUGCUUGAUUCUCUGGUAGAGCCUUUUUUUAGUAUCCAUGCAUUCUAACUCCUCUCAGCAAGCGGACAAUCUGGAAAGGUUUCGGGAGCAGGGCCCCAGCGAUCUCCCUCGACUCAGUCCCCCAGCUGACAUUCCACCACGACGCGAUUCUCUUCACGAAAAAAAAAAAAAAAAACGUUCUUACGAUGGCAUUCGGUGCCGGUUGAAAUAAGACAUCCAUCAUAGCGUGGCGCGUACUGGUUCUUGAAUUUGAUUGCUAGUGAGCCAUCGAAAUUGGCGUGGUUUAUGGCGUUGGCAGGGCAAAACUUUGAUAUCCCAUCUUCCAUGUUUUUACUUAUUGUGGUAUCGGUGCCUGGGAACUUUCUUUACUUGAUACCAAUAUUGCCUUUUCAUUAAUCAAAAUUAAUAUUUUGAAAUAA